GGAUGUGCAGUUUGCAGUUGGUGCGCAGAGGAGCCGAGACGGCGGCUGCGAGCGGAGCAGGGUGGGGAAGCGGAGCCGCCGGUGCAAAAGAAAAGGGGUGCAUCGGGGCUGGGGGCUCCUUAAGGGAAGGGGGGCAGGCAAGAGCACAAGCCUGCAUUCAGCCCACUCCCCACCAUCCCCAAUCCUAGAGGAAGAAGUCUGUUGGAGAGAAGACGCUCCCAGUAUUUCUGUAGGUGAGAAGCUCUGAAAUCCCAUCAUCUCUCCCUUGUAAGUACCACUCUGAACUUGCCCAAACGUGGACUCAGGCCCCCUUGGUCAUGUCCGCAGAAAGAAACCAGUGCUGGGCUGGGAAGGCGAGCGGUUGAGCAGAGCCAAGGCCAAAAUGGCGGCUGAGCGACGGGAAGUGUCCUCUGUGGGCCUCCACCCGUACGAAACCAGGGUGGAAAAAGGAGUCAAAAUGGAGGAGUUUGAAAGAAAUAGCCUUGCGCUGGCCAGCCCAACCCGAUUCAGGAAGAGCCCUUACGUCAUCCAAGCUUUCACCGUCGGGGAGCAUUUUAGCCGGAUGACAGCCAAGCCAAUGGAGCGGGACCUUGAGGAAGGGGUGCUGUCACCAUGUUGGGAAGUCCAAUGGCGGGACAUCCUGAGGAACACACAGUCCCCGUAUUCGGGGUGGGGCCACCCCCAGAUCCCGGGGGUUCUGGCUCCUGCUGAAACCAGGGCUGGUGAAGAGCUCCUACAAGAAGAGACAGGUGGGCUUCUGCCACCAGAGAGACCCCUCAAGACCAACCUGGAUGCAGACCCCACAGAACGGGGGGAUGAUGGAGAGGUGAAGGGAGAGGGCCAAGCCCCGGAGACCUCCAACGCGGAACUGCAUCGGCAACACUUCCGCUGGUUUUGCUACCAAGAGGCGGAAGGGCCUUGGGACGUCUGCGCCCGGCUGCGGGAGCUGUGUCUCAACUGGCUGCAGCCGGAGCUGAAUUCGAAAGAACGGAUGGUGGAGCUGGUGGUCCUGGAGCAGUUCUUGGCCAUCUUGCCUGAGGACAUCCAGGGCUGGGUAGGAGAAAGCGGGCCGGAGACCUGUGCCCAGGCGGUGGCCUUGGUGGAGGACUUUCUGCUGAGGCAGCAAGAAACUGAGAGGUGGAAACAGGAAGUGCUGGGGGAGUUCGAAGAAGUAGCGAUGAGUUUUUCGAGAGAAGAUGACGCUGGCGAAAAACAGCCUUGUCGGGAAAUCAAACAAGAGCAGGCCAAUUGGCUGGAUAAGUGGGAGAGUGAGGACGAAGAGGCCGUGUUUGAAGCCUUAUUGGAAAAAGCUGAAACUCAAGUCCUGGAAGAAAACUUUGGAGAACAAGAGGCACCAAGGUGGGAGCAGAGAUUCCCCAUAGACAAGAGAAGAAAUAACGCCAUUCUCGGCGAGAGCGGGAUCUCCCGGGAACAUGUCUUGGAGGACAAAGCGCAAACAGGAAAGAGGAGACACAUGUGCGCUAUUUGCGGGAAGGGCUUCACUCAAAAAUCUAACCUCAACCGGCAUCAGAGAACCCACGUGGGAGGAAAGACAUUUCAGUGCUUAAAAUGCGGGAAAAGCUUCAAGUGGGAAACUAGUUUUAUGCGACACCAGAGAUUCCAUACCGGCGAGAAGCCUUAUCCCUGCGUCGACUGUGGGAAAUGCUUUAGUCGGAGCGCAAAUCUCAUCAUUCAUCAGAGGAUUCACACCGGAGAGAAACCCCACCAGUGCGUAGACUGCGGGCAGAGUUUUAGCCAAGUUUCCAAUCUCGUUCGACACCACCGAGUCCACACCGGGGAGAAACCUUACAAAUGCCUGGAGUGCGAGAAAAGCUUCACUCAGAAAUCAAACCUCGUCAAGCAUCAGAGUGUCCACUUGGGAGAGAAGCCGCCUCGACGCUCGGCUAAUGGGAAGAGACUCGGUCAGAGGUCCAAUCAUAAGAGAUUGGACAGGGAUUCCCUUGGAGAAAACAACUGUCAGUGCUUCAAGUGCGGGAAAAUCUUUUCCCGGAGAGGCAACCUCCUCAGGCAUCAGAGCAUCCACACAAAAGACAAGCCGCACAAAUGCCUCGAGUGCGGGAAGCGGUUCAACCAGAGGACCAACCUGAAUGCGCAUCAAAGGAUCCACACCGGGGAGAAACCGUACCGAUGUCCGGACUGUGGGAAAAGUUUUCGGUGGAGGGCACAUCUGAUCAUCCACAAGCGCUUGCACACCGGCGAGAAGCCGCACAAAUGUGCUGACUGCGGGCAGAGCUUCAGUCAGCGGUCCAAUCUGGUGAGGCAUCUCCGAAUCCACACGGGGGAGAAGCCGUACAAAUGUUCCGAGUGUGAGAAGAGCUUCGGCCAGAAAUCCAAUCUUCUCAAGCAUCAGAAGAUUCACACGGGGGACAAUGCCCUCCAUCAGCUGCCCGGUAAUGUCAGACAGGACCAAACGGGGGAGGAACCCUAUCAGUGUUUCAGGUGUGGGAAAAUAUUCACCCGCAGGGGCAACCUUCUGAGACACCAGAGCAUCCACACCCGAGAAAAACCUCACAAGUGCUCCGAGUGUGGGAAGAGAUUCAAUCAGAGGGCAAACCUCAUCAGCCAUCAGAGGAUUCACACCGGGGAAAAACCCUUCACCUGUCUGGACUGUGGGAAAUGUUUUCGGCAGAGCCCGCACCUUAUUAAACAUCAGAAAGUCCACGCGGAGGAGAAGGCUUCCUACCACCCUAGCUUGGAUCAUGGGGCAAGCAUCAGCCUCGAGCCAGGCCACAGGAGCCACGAGAGGAUUUACCUGAGGGGCAAUCCGUAUCAGUGCAUGAAGUGUGGGAAGAUGUUCAACUGGCAAUCGAAUUUCAUCCGCCAUCAAAAAAUCCACACCGGUGAAGAGCCUCGUCAGUGCUUGGAUUGCGGGAAGACCUUCAAUCGGAGGAAGAACUUUGUGGCUCAUCAGAGAAUCCACACGAAAGAGAAGCCUUACCAGUGCACCGAGUGUGGGCAAACCUUCACCUGGGAAGCCCACCUGGUGAUCCAUCAAAGGAUCCACACGGGAGAAAAACCUCACACCUGCGUCGAGUGCGGGCAGAGUUUCAGCCAGAGAUCCAACCUCAUCCGGCAUCAGAGGAUCCACACAGGAGAGAAACCCUACGCUUGCUCGGAGUGCGGCCAGAGUUUUACACAAAGGACGCACCUUGUGGUGCACCAGAGAACCCACACGGGGGAGAAACCGCAUAAGUGCGUGGAGUGCGGGCAAGGCUUCAGCCAGAGGGCGCACCUGAUUGUCCAUCGGAGAAUCCACACGGGAGAGAAGCCGUAUCGGUGCGCGGACUGUGGACAAGGCUUCUGCCAAAGAUCCAAUCUUACCAGACAUCAGAGGUCCCAUGACUGCGAGAAACAAAAAUAGGAAACGGGAAAGAAUACCCCGCUGGAGGGUUGUGUCUUGAAUCUUAGUCAUCCAAGCAUGGGGAAUGUGGGUGCGGGAGAAUGGUAAUGUUUAGUUGGUAUGGACAUUUGGGGGACACACCAAAUUGGUCUUUAUGGAAGGAUCCACCAAGGACACAGAGCCUGAACUAUAAAAUAUACAGAGUGGUAAAACAGUUUGAGGGCACUGAUCGUAUUAAACCGGGACCCCCAUCUUCCGAAUGGCUACUGGCAUCUUGACUUUUACAGCAGUGUUUCUCAAACGUAAGAUGAUUAUUUUUAGGCCGCGCUUCUCCACCUUAGCAACUUUUAAGGCAUGUGGACUUCACCUCCCAGAAUUCUCCAGCCAAUAUGGCUGGCUGGGGAAUUCUGGGAGUGAAAAGUCCACAUGUCUUAAAAAGUCGCCACGUUUGAGAUAACACUGUUUUACAGAACGACGUCACCAGUAAAAAAUGCACUGAUUUACCAAAUAUCCUUGGCUCUUCCCUGUUGCCUUUGCUUUACCCCAAUGGAAGGUGGGAAAGAAAUUAUGUGAAGGAGAUUGUACGUCAGCACCAUUGUUUUCUGGAAAAAGGACCAGCUGGGCACCAAAUUGAGGGCAGAAACUGAUGAAAGAAAGAUUAGAUUUGUAAAUCAACUAGAUAAUGUUGGGGAGUCCAGAGAAGAACAGUCUUCCUCCCAAUUCUCUCAUAUGUUCUGGGUCAUGUGACUAUCAGGGAGGGAGGGGCUUAGAACGGCAGAUUUCGCAGGAUUCUGGGCCUCCAUUCUAAGCCCCCCCCCUCCCUUCUAGUGACCCAUAGCACAGGACAUAAAACUGUUUCUCAACUAUUUCUCAACUUUUAAGAUAUCUGGACUUCAACUCCCAGAAUUCCCUCAGACAUCAUGGUUGGCAGGGGAAUUCUGGGAGUUGAAGUCCACGCCUCUUGAAGUUGAAAAACACUGAUCUGUGGAGUCCAAGGAUGCCAUACACCAAGCAACUUACAGUUGACCCAAAGAAGAUCCUUGGGAUUGUUUGCCCUGUGCAUCGUUGUGAUUUUGUGUUUUUGAUCACAAGCUUAGAAAAAUCCCAGGGAAGUGUGCAGCUGACACGCAAAACCAAUCCAGGAACACUCCUUUCUGAGGACUCUUAAUAGACUAAACUCCCUUUCCUCCCAGCUUCUUCUCACCAUUUGAAUUGCUCUCGUCAUCCUGUGCGCCAUGGAGAUAGUCCUCAAUCUUUUUGAAUCUGUGGAACCAUCCCCUUUGCCCCCCCAUGCCACCCCGCAGCAGGCCAAGCCAGGACCGCUGCUGUAUAGUAUUCAGUAUACCAGUCCUUCUCUGGCACACCAGAAAAUGUUGAAUAUUAUACAGGUAGACCUCGACUUACGACCACAAUUAACCCCAAAAUAUCUGUCGCUGAGCAAGAUGUUUGUUAAGUGAUUUUUUUUCCCCUCUCUGUUUUACGACCUUCCUUGCCACCGUUGUUAAGUGAACCACUGCAGUUGUUAAGUUAGCAACCCGGUUGUUAAGCGAAUCUGGCUUCCCCAUGGUCUUUGCUUGUCGGAAGGGCACAACUGGCGAUAACAUGACCUGGAACACUGCAACCGUCAUAAAUACGAGUCAGUUGCCAAGCGUCUGGAUUUUGAAUCAUUAUAGAUGAUUGUGGGGAUGCUGCCAUGGAUUUAAGUAUGGAAAACGGCUUUUUUUUCAGUGCCGUCGUAAUUUUGAACGGUCACUAAAUGAACUGUUGUUAGUCGGGGACUACUUGUAUUUUUAAGUGUUCACUUUGGCCAUGUCAGGUGAGGGAAUUCACUGGAGAAAGCAAUGAUGUUUGGAGGAGUUAGCGGUAAAAGGGAACCAGGCUGCCGAAGAACACGGCGGCUGGACACCAUCAAAGCUGACCCCAAUCAGAGCGUUGAACAACUCAAAGAAAUAGCGCAAGUUUGGAAGACGUGGCGAGACCUGGUCCAUAGAAUCGCCAAAAGUCAUCACGGCCAGUAGUGGGAUGCUGCCGGUUUAAUAACCAGUUCGGUGAGCGUGCGCUUUGCGCGUGCCUAAGGCGCUUCCACGCGGCAUUGAAAAUGGAGCAUUUAGAAGCUCAGCUGCUUACCUUCCAAGUCAGCAACGGUAAAUAGAACAGCGAGGUGGAGGAGGGGGGAAAUCAGUUGUGCCGCACGAUUGAGAGGAGCUACAAAGCAGGAAAUAAAGGACAGGAUAAAAGGGGGGCGGGUGGGCGGAGCCAACUGAUCAUUGGAGCUACCGGUUUUCCCGAACCGGCUGAAUACUUCUGAUCAUAACUGAAUUGGGUAACCAUCAUUAUCAUGAUUUUGUUUUGUUUUUUAAUUUGAUUUAUAUGCCGCCCUUCUCCGGAGACUCUGGGCGGCUUACAGUGCGUUAAGCAAUAGCCUUCAUACUUUUGUAUAUUUUAUAUAAAGUCAGCUUAUUGCCCCCACAAACUGGGUCCUCAAUUUUACCUACCUUAGAAAGGAUGGAAGGCUGAGUCAACCUUGAGCCUGGCAAGGUUUUGAGGGGAAAUUAUGAACAUUUCUGAAAAGAUCUCCACUGUUGAACAUACUCGGUGCAGAAACAUAAAAUAAGAGAAGGAGGACGAGUUGGAUAGGUUCACCACCUUGAGUUCAUUUGUAAAAAUAAUCAGGCACCCUAUUGAAAUAUUGAAAAAAAAAAUAGAAUGAGACAAUCUCAUGGCACAAAUAGAAACAAGCCUGGUUGAGAAUCACUACUCUAGGGGCAUUAAUUUCCUAAAUUCUGUUUUCUGUUCCUGUUUGGCUUCUCCAGCUAAGUGGCAUUCUCUUUUUCUCCCUUACAAGUUGCCACCUUCCCACAAUUUCAACCUUGGAGAAUGCCACUGCCGCUAAAGAAGAGGCGGGACAGCCAUUUGUUUGAAACCGGAUAAGAGUCUAUUGCCCGGGCAGGGGGUUGGACUAGAUGACCUCUGAGGUCCCUCCCGACUCUUAUUCUGAAACGUAAACUUCCUCCUUCCUUUCUCUUUCCUUCCUAAAACAUCCUCCUUCAAGUCUCAAAGUAGUGAGCAGGGAUGUCAUUUUUGGAAUUCCCCGUCGCAUCUUGCCUAAGCGACCCUUGGAAGAACUUCAAGAUGGGGGUGGACUUCAACACCCAGAAUUCCCCAGCCAGCCAUGCUGGCUGGGGAAUUCUGGGUGUUGAAGUCCACCCCCAUCUUGAAGUUGCCACAAUCAAGAAACACCGGCCUACAUUAACCUCAAUUGAUAAUGAAGCAGGAUUUUGCCAAAGGCUUUAGACAAGAUUGAUGGUCGCUGAGUCGGCAAGGCUUUAAAAGGGCAAAGGAGUCAAAAAAAAAAAAAAAGUCAAGAAGGGGGCCACCAUUACAAUCUUUUUAAAAGAAAGAGGCAAGGCUUCUGUCACAUUGACGGCUCCGUCUUAAUUUUACUGAUGCCUGUUACGGCGCCUCUGUAAUUCAGAAGAAAUCAUCUUUGUACGUGUUUUAGUGACUCUAAACACAGUUAGUUACCUGAAGGUGGAAAACCACUUGGUGGCACCAAAAGUCACUGGGGAUUGGGGUGGAUGGGUGGGGCAGGACGAAAAAAAAAAUGGAGCGUGUGUUUUUAUUAAAAUAAACUGGCAAAUUCAACAAUUCCCAUUCCAGUUUAGAAGUAGCCCUCGAGGUACGACUGCAAUUGAGCCCAACAUUUCUAUUUCUAGGCCAGUUAAGUUAAUGUUGACUCAUUUUAUGACCUUCCUUGCUGCCGUUGUUAAGUGAAUCCCUGCAGUGGUUAAGACGGUUGUUAAGCAAAUCUGGCUCUCCCCGCUGAGUCUGCUUGUCAGAAGGCCGCAAAAGGGUGGGAUCGCAUAACCCCAGGACUCUGCAACCGUCGUAAAUACGAACCAGUUGCCAAGCAUCCAAAAUUUUUAACUGUGCGACCAUGGCUGGAGCUGCCAGUGGUCGUAAGUGUGAAAAAUGGUCAUGAGUCGCGUUUUUCAAUGUCUUGGAACAGUCAUUAACGAAUGGUUGCAAGUCGAGGAUUGCCUACAUUUCUCAUUAGACUUUGUCUUCUAUAGCCAAAUUGCUCUCCCGUGAUGCGAGUCCCAUUGAGAUUGCCUGUGUGUGUGUGUUUGUGUAUGUGUUGGGGGGUGUGUGUGUGUUACAGGUCAGCAAGUUUGUCAGAAUUUGUCUCCUGAUAGCUGCUUUUAACUCACGUCUGUCCUUCUGUUUUUCCAAUAAACGUAAUUUUUAAAAAAUA